AUGGACCAGGGCCACCCACAUCCGACGCCGGCCGCCAGGCUGCGCACUCUUCUCGACGACGCACGCGAGGCCUCGCGCUGCGAGGUCAUGCCGGCCUGCCACGACGCGCUCUCUGCGCGGCUGAUUGAGCGGGCCGGCUUCAGGGUUGCCUUCAUGUCUGGCUUUGCCGUCUCCGCGAGCGGCCUGGCCCUGCCCGACGCCGGGCUCAUCUCGUACGGCGAGCAGCUUUCCGUCGGACAGAACAUCUGUGCGGCGAUUGACACGCGGCGGCUUCUCGUCAUUGGCGAUGGCGACACCGGCUUCGGCGGCAGCGGCAACGUGCGCCGCACCAUCGAGGGCUACGCAAAGGCCGGGUUCGCAGGCGUCUCCAUCGAGGACCAGGUCUACCCGAAGCGCUGCGCGUACUCGGGCGGCGUGGCGGUC